GACGCACCAUUGACACAUGUUGUCAUCACAUUAAAAAUAUCAAAAUUUAAGAACUUGUUUUCAUCAUUUCAUGAAAAAUGAUUGAGACAUGUCCUAAAAAGCGAAUGAUAUUAGCUAUCAGCUGCCUUGCUCUAUUAACUGUUCUCGUAUUGGUGAUUGAAUCGAAUUGGACAGGAACACAUCGUCAAAAGCAAUUCAUCAUUGAAGAUAAUUCAACUUGUUGGCGCCGGGAGGACUACACAAUAAUUCAGGAUUGUCAUCCUUGUACAGCUUACGAAAUAGCCAGCAAGAGUCAAGGAGUCUGUGUGCAUACGAACAACAAAGAAGUUCUCCGGUGUAAAAGUGGUGAGACGGUAUCGCGGAGCUGCGAUAAAGUCGCCUGGUUAGACGAACGCAAUUACUGGAAAUUUCAAGGAAUUCUAUUUCUGGUCGGCUCAGCAUCAACGUUCGUUUCGUUUAUGCGACAACGGUUUCUGGAUCGACAGACAACGCUAAAAAUUCAACGUCAAUUAGGACACACCGUCUAAAGACUCUACUGGUGGAAUAGGGUGAACGGAAAUGGCCGGAAAAAUUUAUUUGGAAAUUUUAUCGGAUGUAAAUAAGAACAAAGUUGAAGUGACCAUCGAAACCUAUGUGACACUGUUCGUGUACCGAUUUAUCCGUUGUGACGAAAACAUUUCAAUUUAUCUGAUUCGAUCGGUGCCAAAAGACAAUUCAACAAAAAUUACCGUCGAUGUCAGUGGGUUUAAGUUCCACGUAAUAGACGGGAGCAAUUCUGACUUUCAAAAUGAAGCUGCGGCCUUAGUGAAGUAUCCAGUCAUAGUAAAUGAUAAAUGUGUUAUUGCCGGUCUGUGUGCCGUUUGUAGAGGCCUGGUCAAGUUAGUGAACGAUAAUGAAGCGAACAAGUUGCUAGGGUUUAAGGAAGGCUGCCUUCAAGCACCAUCUGAAACAUCAACGUGGACAAAGUUCUGUGAAAUCGACGUCAUCAAUUGCACCGACACCGUCCUCAAAUUAAACGCGAAGCAUUUCGAGGGAAAGAAAUCGUUUCAACUGUUUGACGAAUUUGUGAGAUUCGAAAAACAUUUAGCGCUGCCGGUGCGCAUUCACAAUGUCUACAAGGUGGCACGAGAUCUGGCCAAAGAGAAGACAACGCAGGCGAAGCUAGUGCAGCAAUUCGAACAGUUUGGUGUGGAUGGACGCGAGAAAACUCCUCGACUCAAUAAACAACGAAAAUCGAAGGCCAACUUUGUUGAAAUAUCAAGCAGCACUCCCCAAGACCAAUUGAAUAUUCCACACACGUUCGCCGAAGGACAAGACGUUCAUUUGGUCGACAUAAUUAUGUACGCAUGCUACUUCCUCAUGUUCAAAACUCUACCGAAUACACAAUCACUGUCGAUGUCGCUACCAUUGACGACAAAGUGGAUGAGUGCGUUGAGAGCUAAAGCAGAACUCAAAUCAAGUUCAUCCAUUCUUCUACAAAAUCAAUUGGUGGUUGCUGACGACAUAGCGUACAACUGCCCGUCAAAAGAGUUCGAAAGUUUGUACAAAAGCGAUCCGAAACGAUACAAGCCGAAAGCUCGAAUUUUCACGAAACAAUCGGAGAUCAUCGCAUCGCUGGAUAAAGUGAACGCGUUGAAUCUAAACAUAGCAAGUCUUCCGAUGACUGUGACCAAUCAAAUCAAUUGGUCAACUGUACCAUAUCAAGCGUUACCAGAAGGCGGAAAGCUUCCCGAAAAACGACUAAACCGGAAGAAACAUCAAUUGGAAUGUUUGGCGCAAUGUGUUCUAACGAUAGAGAAGCCCGGUGACCGUAUCGUCGAUUUUUGUAGUGGUGCAGGACACUUAGGGAUUUUAUUGGCAUACCUGCUGCCGGACUGUCAGAUCAUUCUUCUGGAAAACAAAGAGGAAUCGUUGAUGCGUGCUAGAGAACGGGUGGAUUUGCUAAAAUUGGACAAUGUUCACUUGUUUCAGUGCAACUUGGACUAUUUUAUUGGAUCGUUUAACAUUGGCUGUUCGCUGCAUGCGUGCGGAGUGGCCACCGACAUUGUUCUAUCGCUUUGCAUAAAUCAGAGAGCUAAUUUUGUAUGUUGUCCAUGUUGUUACGGUGGCAUCCAUACCAUUCCACACAUCCAAUAUCCACGUAGUGCUACAUUCAGAACUGAUGGAGGUAUCCUCGAUACGGAGUACAUGCACAUCGCACAUUGUUCCGACCAGGCUCAUGAUGUAAAUAAAGGAGAGUGUAACGUGGAGAAGAGCGAACAGGGUCAAUUCUGUAUGGAUGUGGUGGACACAGAUCGCAAAUUAAUGGCAGAAGAAUGCGGAUACAAAGUUCAACUACUGAGACUGGUGCCGGAAGAUUGCACGCCGAAAAAUCGUUUAUUGGUGGGUGCUAUUGCGGUGUAAAUUGAUUUGGUUCUUUUUUGUAAAAUAAAAAGUUUGACUCAAACGCU